AUGCAGCUCGAAGUUCAAAGUGUCCAAUAUGAAAUCAUAAUCAAUGGUCAGUCGAACGUCUCCAUCUUGACAAAGCUACUGCAGCUCCUCGGGAACAGCCUAACACCCGGUUCAUGCUGCCAUCUUAACCUUCAUGUAUACACGUCAACCACGACAUCUUUCCCUGCAGUGGCCUCAUGCAUGUUUACGCGACAGUAUACUCCAUGUAUGCCAACUCUAAUUUGGAACCCAUUUUCUUGCAAGCUCUCUUCUCAACAAUCCGUAUCCCGCACCCUCGGCCAUGGUAAGCGACUGCGCCUUCGUCGCCCCAUCCUUCCCUAG